GUUUUUUUCAAAACAAAAACUCCUCAUAAAAAUUAUUAUUAAGUUUUCGCUAUGAAAGGCAGAACUCUUAGCUCUCAAUCACAGGGCUUGGUACUAUCCUUGCUGAAUUAUUUUCAACAAGAAAAGGAUAAUGGAGGGCCUCUAUUACCAUUGUUAGCUGUCCAAGAGGUUUGCAAUAGUUAGAAAUAUGGUCAUAUGAUUGACAAUACAGAAU